AUGAAACCCGAUAAAAGGAAGCGUGAGUAUGAACUAAGGCAGGAGGCACGAGAGCGUAACAAAGAUUCUGAGCUGGUUGUUAACCUACCCUACAAUGUCUAUCGUUCUGAUCGGUCCAUGAAAAGAGGAAGCGGAGUUUGUGCAAUUGCCAAGGCCUUUAUUAGUGCCCAGAUCGUUACUCCUAACUAUGAUCUGAAAGCUGACUUACUCUCCGCUGAUAUUUUCUGCUCUAAUAAUAUGUCGCAGCUUCGUUUCAUACUUGUUUACCGACCACCAAAUAGCUCUGCUGUUGAUGAUAAAAAACUUGUAGAAGUACUCAGCGAUCUUGCAGUUGUAAAUAAUCAUGCAAUCAUUCUUGGCGACUUUAAUCUCCAUGUAGAUUGGGUCAACUCAAUAGCUUUUAACUCGGCUUCAUCGCUUUAUUUAGAUUUCUUCUCUAAUGCUGAGUUAGUUCAAAAUGUGAAUCUGCCUACCCACUCCGAUAGAAUUCUUGACAUUAUCCUUACUCCUAGCAUUUGUACUCUUGACGUCAAGCUUCUUCCGCCGCUAGCCUCAUCCGACCACGCUAUUAUCCAAUUUGAUUCACCUGCAAUUAUGUCAGCACCAGGAAUUCCUAUGCCCAACUUUCUUAAUGCUGAUUACUCCUCUUUGAACAAUUAUUUUUCCGGCGUUGAUUGGCUUACUCUUUUUGAUCAAUACUCAUCAUGUUCUGACAUCUAUUUCAGAUUCUGUAAGAAGGUUUACGAGGGUUUGGCCAAAUUUGUUCCUUUUCGAUUCCCUCGCUCUUUUUCCUUGAUACUACCUUGUCAACUGAAAUCUUUGUACACUCAGAAGCUACGUCGUUUUGAGGAGUUAGAUGACCCCCUACGUAGUUCACUAUACAAGAAACUAUGUUCUGACAUUGACUUCCAUAUGAGGAGAUACCUUGCUUAUCGGGAACGACAGUUAUCGCGCAGAGAAUCCAAGAAGCCUUUCUAUUUAUACUUAAGGCAUAGAAUGAAGGCGAAUGCAAGGCUUCCGAGUCUCGUGGAUCAGACUGGAGCCACCUAUGUUACAGAUGCUGAUAAAACUAAAGCUCCAGCUAUGCAUUUUGCAAAUGUCUUUUCUUCAAACUGCAGCGAUACCAUUCCAGAAAUUGUUGGCAUAGGUCCUGUCCAACAGCAGUGCAGUAACAUGUUUUUCCACCCUACUGAUAUUUACAUACACCUAAAAUCUCUUGAGCCGUCGGUUAGUGAAACGUAUGAUGGAAUCCCACCUAUUGUAUAUAAGGAGUGUGCUGCUAUUUUAUCUCCUCCUCUAGCUCACAUCUUUAACAUCUCAUUGUCAUUGGGUGAAGUCCCACAAGUUUGGAAAAACGCCAUUGUCACAGUCAUUCCAAAGUCUCCAGGUGCUUCGACAUAUACUAACCUAACUGAUAGUGUUUUUGACUGGUCUCAAGCUCUGAACCAAGAUUGGAUGAUCUCUUUUCUUAACAUGAGAAGUAUGACAGUCAAAGCUGGCCAUGGAUACUCAGCCAAAUUCCCUUGCACGAGUGGAGUUCUACAAGGUGGAGUCCUGAUUCCUCUCUUAUUCCUUAUCUACACAGUCGACCUACCAAGUGUGCUCAGAACUUCUCCGCUUGUGAAAGUCCAAAUGUACGCUGAUGACAUUAAGAUUUACGGCAUCCAUGAUGAUGAAAAUUACCAUGAAGUACGUAAAGGGGAUGUGGCUGAGUAUAGUAUGAACGGAGUAACUCUUAACACAUGUAAAUCUGUAAGAGACUUAGGAAUUUUUGUCGAUGAUAACCUCAACUUCUCUGAACACAUUGAUCAUGUUGUACGAAAAGCAUACUCUUCCCUUUUUCGGCUUUUUCGGAUUGCCCACACCAUUAAUCCAACUAUUCUCACUCGCUUAUACAAAUCGUUCGUCUUACCUCAUCUUGAAUAUGGCUCUCAUAUUUGGAGCCCCUCAAAGAAGAAGCACAUAGCGAAGCUCGAAAAGGUGCAAGAUACUUCUACCCGUAUGUUGUUCAGAAGAAUGUCAGCAAAUCUAACGGUGACUAGCUACAGCGAUCGUCUUAAAAAAUUAGCUAACUGCAUGGACAGUCCUCGCAUCCUUCUGACAAAUGAAGCCUAA